GAAGAAAAGAAUGGGUUAUGAUAUUGAGCGCUUCGUUGGCUACGUUAAUGAAGGACUCCUGUGCUGUAUCUGCCGGGAUGUGCUAGAAGAUCCUCUGCAGGCUCCUUGUGAACACGCUUUCUGCACUUCCUGCAUACACGGCUGGCUUGUUCAUCAUAAUAGCUGCCCAGAGGAUCGUCAACCGCUGGAUCUGGCUGUCCUCCGACCGCUUUACAGAUAUAUGAGGAACGAUCUUAAUCGGCUCCAGCUUCGCUGCAGGAACAGAGAGAGUGGCUGUGAAAUGGUGUGUUCCCUGGAAUCCAUUGACCGGCAUGAACGUGAAUGUGAAUACAGCCGGGUUCCCUGCUCAAAUGAUGGUUGCCCAGUUCAGGUGGAACGACGUAACUUGGAUAGCCACUUGGCAGUGUGCGAGUAUCGGAGCCGUGAAUGCCCCAAUGGUUGUGGGUACGCCAUUCUUAGUGCUGACGACACACAGCAUAACUGCGUGGCAGAGCUGAGAACAGAACUAGAGCUGCUCAGGUCAGAGAUGAUCUAUCGAAUGGAAGAGGCAAAACAUGAGAUGGAAUCUCGUUUAGAUUCGCAAAGGAGACAUAUGGUGCAAAAGGAGUCACUACUGCAAAACGAAAUUGAAGAGCUGAAGAGUCAGAUGUCCAGAAUGAUGUCUGAUGUACAGACCCUGAUGACAACUGAAAGGCAGCAGCAUCAAGAGCUAGAACAGGCAGAACUCGAAAAACAGGAAUUGCUGGAGUUAAUCAAGGGCCUCCAGAAAGAUUGUCGAUUGUUAAGAGAUGGGAGCAAGAAAGCAACAAACGCCAGGCCUCUGACGCGUCUGGAGAGUAUGAAACGAAAACCACGGGAGGUGACUGUCAUAUAAGCUGAAAUAAGCUUUCAAGAUCCUGCUGUGAACAGCUGGAAUUACUGGAUUCCCCACCUCUUCUAUCUACAUUUGGAUGAGCUUCCAGAGGGCAAACACAACAUUAAAAACAACUUGCCCUGAAGAACAUGUACAUAAAUGGGAUCAGGUCCACCAAUUCAUUUCUUUGGAAUCCUCUUGAAGCCCUUUAAUAGGAUGUGGACAACAAUGUUUGAAAGAUAGAACACUUAGAUACUAAUCAUUUCAGGGGUUAGUAUUAGGUAUUAGGUAUUGGGUGGUUAAAAAUAUUUGCUUUUCAUAUAAAGAACCAUUUUUGUCUAUUCAAAGCUGCCCAAAUGUUUACCAAAAUAUCUUCCUACUGUAUGCAAAUAGGCUUUUCUUCACUUAAACCACAGUUUAUAGCCAAGCAAAAACGAGUAUGCCUCAGCCCUUAGUCUAGCGUGUGAGAAUUGUUGGAACAAAUUGAAAGGCCCUUUCUAUUGUGGCCAUGCUAAACUGUGUGGCUGGUUCCGUUCCAGGUAAUUAAUAACCUACCUCAGCGACUGUCUCUUAAGCAAUUGGUAAAUUCCAGAACUGUUUGGCCUCAUCCUGAACGUACACCCUUUUAAAAGGUUAAACAAUAAAUCCAACAGAUCAGGUUUCAAAGUUAGAAACAAGGCAAGUGAUAUAACUCACAGCUUAAAUUUAAAGAGAAAGCAGAUUUUGCAGUGCCUUUAAUAUAUUAAACAAAGAUUUGGGAGAUGUAUGUGUAAGCCAAGAAUGUACAUGUGGAUGACUACAAUUAACAGGUGUAAUAGUUACUUUCCUUCUUGCAAAACAAGUCCUAGGGCCAAGGUUCAGAGAAGGCUUCAGGUGUAUGCAGUCUCUAACUCUGCUUGUAAAACAUGUUUGGACAAGACCUUUCAUUGUUAGAAGACCAACCUUAAGAAUAUUAUUUCCAUUAGCUCAAGCAAAGCAGCCUCCGUGUCUUAUCGCAGCAGCUGGUCCAUUAGAAGUGGGAGCUUCUUCUUAGUCUGAUGUUUUGCUCAUAGUCCUGGACAAUAUGCUAAGUCUGAGAAAGCUAGCAAUUGUUUAUAUUUAUAUACACCUUUUUCAGUAAGAGCAUGUGAUCUUGCCUGCAACACCUUUAAAAGAAGUUACACGUUAUGGGUUGUAUCCAACAUGAGUCUAAUUUCAGUUCUACUCAUUUCAAUAGGUCUGCUAUUGUAUCCAAUAGGGCCAAUAUUGAGUACAACCAUAUGAAUGUAGAUGCGUAAGACUUGAUGAAAGUUAAGGCUACAUCAUCCAAGUGCGGUGUUCUUUCCUACCACAAAGCUGAGAUAUGAGCAGAAUCUGUUCCUGUUAAUGGACUUACCACGUUUUCCCACCACAAAGCCAGCAAACCUUGUUUCAAAUGUGUUGAAAUUAUUUCCUCAUUAAGCAAUGCAUCAUGACGGGAAAAUGAUAGAAAGUAGCUUUUGGGCUAACAUGUCUUCCAAUACUGUAGCUGCUACCAAACAUCAGACACUGAAACGUGUGUCAAUAAUGGUUACAUUUUUUACAUACUAGAAAAUGUUCAAUUUCUGAGCUAAUAAAGCUAAUUUAACUCUG